GUCGCUCGUCAUCGAUGCUACAUCAUGGCGAUGAUAUCUGAUGUCGACUACAUUCUUCAAACCAUUCGAUUGUCGGUGCUUCGCAGCUGUGACGACGCUUCCACCUCUCGAAUCAUCUCGCUAGACCCAUCGUUCGCCCUCAACCCUUACAUCAACGCUUCGGGCCAUUCUGAAGUCGACGAAUGGCCAGAGAUCCAGCGUGCAUUGGAUUCUCCACCCCUUGAACGUGACGAUGACCGACCUCGUCGACGCAGGAACAGUCUCAAUGGCCUCAAUUACACACAGACGAUCAUGGGAGGAAAGAGUGGAGGGGCGGGCAUGCGUGUCAGCGGUCGACGGGGUCGUGGUCGGAGACCAAGCUUGGAAGACAUGACGCCGAGGGGCGCGAGGCCUCGUUCAGACUCAGCACCGGUCCCUAAAUCUCUUCAAUCAACUGUGAGUCCGGUCGUCACCGGUCACGGCAUGAGCGUGAGGGAUUCCGAAGAACCUACGUUUAGUGCCGCGUCAAUCGACCCGACCGAGUCCAGUCAAGUCAUCAUGGGGACACCGCCUCCAGAUGAACAUCCUGAACCUCUUCAUGGAGGAAUGGACGAGGGAAGCGAUGUGGAUGAGGAUGAAAUGGAAGCGGAGGAGGCAGGAAUGGAUCAAGCUCAGCGAGAUCUACGAGCUGACGUGAGGGCGAGCACUGUGGCCCCGGCAUUGAAUAUGGAUGACACGGGGAUCGACUUUGCUCCCAAACCGAUUCGGAGAGCGGGUUCUUCGGCAUUGACUGCAGCCCUUCACAAGCAUGUACCUCACUUGGUAUCCAGCAGUGCGCCCGCUGCCGAGGUCAACCCGUUCACCACGUUGUAUGCUUCGGUCAGCACGAAUGCCAAUGGCAUCACGCUACAGAUCUACUUUCCUCACUCCGCCAAGCCGAGCUCUCCUAUCACUAUCAAGGUACGCAAAGAGGCCACAGUGGAGGAGGUCACUGGGCAUGGUCUGCUCAAAUAUUGGGAUGAGGGAAGGGAGCCAAAGUUGAGCGAGGAAGAAUCGGAGCAGAGAUGGAGUACCGUCGGAUGGGGACUGCGUAUCGUUGAGGAUGACGGAGAAGUGGAUGAAGACUUUCCACCGCUCGAUCGAGACAGUCGCGUCUCCAAAUUCUCCUACACUCAGUUUGCCAUUGUCGAGGCGACUGCAUCUCAAAUCAAACAAAACGCUGCCAAGGCUCCACUCAUCAUCCGCCGACCAUCACGGAUCAUCCGACCCCAAGAAACCAAGCCACCGCCGCCGCCGCCGCCAAUCAGCUCGUCGCCCUCUUCGAGCGACGCAGCGCUGUCUAGCAGUAUGAUGAAGGGCAGUAUUGGCCUUGGUUCGGCUUUGAGUAAAACUGUACUCCUCCGUGUCAGGAUCACUGCCAGUGCCGAUGUGCACUUUACGACGACUAUCAGCGUUCCUUCUGACAUGUACAUCGCGGAUCUGACCGAAGUCUUGUGGAAAAGGAAGCGAUUGCAGAAUCCGUCCUCGGAUUGGGUACUCUGCCUCGCCGACUUGAGCUUGGCUUUGCCCCUCGACCGUACUGUCGCGAGUCUUGAGGGCCGCACCAAUCUGGCGCUGGUCAGGCGGCAAUGGGCUGUCGAACAUGGGCUCAGGAUUGGCGAUCGCCGUGGUGGCGAUCCGAGUGCGUCCAUCUUUAAACGCAUUUCUGCGCCUGUCAAGCCGCCACCGACAGAUCUGGCCCAGACAUACAAGAAAUUCCACGUCCAGCGUAGGAUCGCGAUUGGGCGUCAUCCCCGGACCCUGGCUAUUGACGGUGACUACAUUCAUAUCAUGCCGUCCGAGUCGAGGACGUUCUUUGACAGCAUGAAGACGACCUCGUUCCAUGUCAGUCUGGUCGCGUCUUGCAAGCUCUCCGGCAAGUAUGGAGGGUUCAAGAUCAACGUGUGGAGGGACGGGACGGAAAAGAGGUACGAGUUUGAGGCGGACACGCCGAAACAAGCUGCCGAAAUCAUCACAUCAAUCAGGGCAUUGUGAGUUUUGCAUUAAGGGUCGGUCCAGCUGACAACAGGAUGAAAUCGUAUCAAGCGGAACGUGGAGCACUGCCCGUAAGGCGAUAGGCU